AUGACUUUUGAAAAUGGCACUUUCCUGACUGAAUUUAUUCUGGUAGGGUUAACAGACCAACCAGAACUACAAAUCCCUCUAUUCUUUGUGUUUCUAAUAAUUUAUAUGGUCACUGCAUUGGGAAAUUUGAGUAUGAUUACUCUAAUUGGACACAACUCAAACCUUCACACCCCCAUGUACUUUUUCCUCUUUAACUUGUCUUUUAUAGAUUUCUGUUAUUCUUCAGUGCUUACUCCCAAAAUGCUGAUGAACUUUGUGGUAAAGAAGAAUAUAAUCUCUUAUGGUGGCUGCAUGACUCAACUCUUCUUUUACUGUUUUUUUGUUAUUUCUGAAUUAUAUGUGUUGAUGUCAAUGGCCUAUGACCGCUAUGUGGCUAUCUGCAAUCCACUUUUGUAUAACAUUGCUAUGUCCCCUAAACUGUGUUCCUGUCUUAUGCUUGGUUCAUACCUGAUGGCAUUUUCUGAUGCGAUGGCCCACACAGGGCUCAUGCUGAAGCUAACCUUCUGUGAUGUGAACAUCAAUGACUAUUUCUGUGAUAUCCUGCCAUUGCUCCAACUUUCCUGCACCAGCACCUAUGUCAAUGAGCUACUGGUUUUCAUUGUAGUGGGCAUCAACGUUACUUUGUCUAUUCUCACCAUCUUUAUCUCUUAUGGAUUCAUCCUCUCCAGCAUCCUUAAAAUGAAGUCCAAUGAAGGCAGGUCCAAAGCCUUCAGCACCUGCAGUUCCCACAUAAUUGCUGUUUCUCUGUUCUUUGGUUCAGGUGCAUUUGUGUAUUUUAAGCCAUCUUCUGCUGGAUCCAUGCAUGAGGGAAAAAUCUCUUCUAUCUUUUAUACCAUUGUGGUUCCCAUGAUGAACCCCUUAAUCUACAGUUUGAGGAACAAAGAUGUUACAGUUGCCCUGAGAAAAACCUUGACCAGAAGAAACUUUUGA